AUGAGGCCCCGAGCCUUUACAAUCUACCGGCACACCAGUUCACUUUGUGCUGGGUUUUCAAGAGGUUACUCUACAAAAAGACCGCAUUUUCAGGAUGUGUUCCCGAAUAAAAAGCUCGUAAAUCGGCUGCUCUUUGAAAUGGAUAGUAAGCUAACGUUUUCGAGAUUGUAUCCGGUUUACGAAGCCGUUUACAACUCCUUGGAGGCCCCAGAAGUGCCUGGGAAGUGCAUUCCCUCUUCUUUCAAAGGCGAAGAUGUCCUGAUGAUGAAAAAAGUACUCGAAAAACUGCGACACCGAACCAAAACGCUCAACAGGAAUCUGGUUGCUUUGGAAAGCGAACUGCUUGAAAAAGCAGCCGAAUUAGGUGACAACGACGCAAUUGCGGCCCUUGCUUUCCAAGUGUUGGAAAAAGCAGAGAAAAAUACACCGGAGGACGUCACACACGCUAAAAAACUUAUCAAGACCCUCUACAAGAUGCCACAUCCGCUCACGAUCAAGCUAACAGCAGAUCUUGCCUUCACGAAGAAUGAUUUUGUCAGUGCUGAGAAAUUCUAUAGGAAAUAUUUGGAAUUGGAAAAUGACACCUACAGAGCAGGCGAAGUCAGUGGGAAACUGGGAAUCAUUAAUUUCAAAAAGCCAGACCUGAAAGCAGCCGAAGAAUACUUUCUGAGAAGCAUUCGUAUCUGUCCAUUGGAACAGGUCGUUCAAUCGUACUAUUACCUUGCACAACUUUACAUGGACUCGGAGCCUCUGAAGGCAAGAUGUCUGAUGGAAAGCGCAGCUAGUGAGGGCUUCAAAGAGAGUUUCCAGUCGUUGGGAUUUCUGGAAAUGAAUUAUUUCCAAAACUAUGCGAAAGCACUUGAGUGGUUUAAAUUGGGCAUGGAGUUGUUUGACUUUCAAUGCUUCAUAGGCUAUUUUGACUGCAGUAUCAAACUUGAAUCGUAUCAAAAGGCCAAAAAGUGUCUCGAAAGCAUGCAAACUAUAUCGAAAAACAAUGAAAUGACGCAAAAGUCCUUCGACCUCUUUUUAAGCUCCCGCGCAAAACAAAUACAAGCGCUGGAAUCUCGUACAACCAAUGUUGUGACUGCUACAAACUUGUACAUACAGAGUGAUGACCUAAAAAGUAACUCACCUCCAGAAAAGAAUGAUAGGUGGGGGCUGUAA